AUGUGUUUUAAUGGAGGUGAAUGUGUGCACAGAGAGUUUUGUGACUGCAGUCGAUUUAAUGCAAGUGGAUCAAGAUGCCAGACAGUGCACAACACAGGUGCUGAAAGGGAUAACAUAUGCCGAACGUGGGGCCAAUACCAUUUUGAAACCUUUGAUGGACUCUACUAUUAUUUCGCUGGGAAAUCCACAUAUGUACUUGUGAGACAGAAUGAAAUAGAUGAACAGAGUUUCUCUAUACAGGUUAAUAAUGAUCCAGAAUGCAAAUCUUCACCCUAUUCCUGCAAAAGGUCUGUUAGCCUAUUUUUUUCUGGAGAUGAAGAAAUAAAGUUGAGCAGUGAGGUCAUCUACAAAGGAUUUGGAGUUCAGUUACCUCAUGCUAUAGGAAAUGUACACAUCCAAAAACUAGCUGGAUACAUCCUAGUUAGACACCGGUAUGCAUUCACUCUGGCUUGGGAUGGUACAUCUGCAGUCUAUAUAAAGUUGACACCAGACUACUUGGGCAAAACACAUGGGUUAUGUGGAAACAACAAUGCUAUCCUGCAGGAUGAGCUUGAGACUAGUUAUGGAAAAUUGACUGAAGACAUUGCAGAGUUUGUAGAGAGCUGGAGGGAAAAUCGUCCACAGGGCUCACCUGACCGGGAUAACUCUUUUAACUAUGAGCCACCCUGUUUGACCCAAAGCCAAGACUCUUUACAGAAGGCAUAUGCUCUGUGUAAUACACUACUAUGGCCUCCAUUUGAACAAUGUCAUGAUUAUGUGAGUCCUCUUCCUUUCAUGGCUAGUUGCACCAAUGACCUCUGCAUGUCAGCAGCUGAUCAUGCAACUUGGUGUCGAGCAUUAACUGAAUAUGCCAGGACCUGUGCUCAAGCAGGAAAACCCCUUCAUGGAUGGCGGACGCACUUUCAGCAAUGUGUUAUUACCUGUGAAGAACCUUUAAUCUACAAUGAAUGUAUCGACUGUUGCCCAGUUUCAUGUCAGCAAAAAACACAGUGUAUUGACAGUGAACUUCCCUGUGUCGAUGGAUGCUACUGUCCAGAUGGUCUAAUUUAUGAAAAUGAAUUAUGUGUCAAGCCUACAGAAUGCCCAUGUGAUUAUCAUGGAAAUUCCUAUAGAACAGGCUCUGUGGUUCAUGAGGAGUGCAAUAACUGUACUUGUAUUGGAGGAAAGUGGACUUGCACAAAUCUUACCUGUCCAGCUGAAUGCUCUGUCUCAGGAGACAUUAACUUCAUGACAUUUGAUGGGCGCAAAUACACUUUCCAAGCUACCUGCCAAUAUAUUCUGGCAAAAAGCCACAGAUCUGGCAAGUUUACAGUGUCUCUGAAAAAUGCUCCUUGUGGACCGAACCAAGAUGGAUCAUGUAUCAAAUCAGUCAAUCUGAUUCUUAAUCAGGAUCCCAAGAGGCAAGUGACUCUGACUCAUUCAGGAGAUGUUUUGAUAUAUGAUCAGUACAAAAUUAGCCUGCCCUAUUCGGAUGAUUCUUUUGAAAUCAGGAAGCUCUCCUCUGUAUUUUUGCAAGUAAAGACCAACAUUGGACUACAGAUACUAUAUGACAGGCAGGGGCUAAGGCUCUAUCUUCAAGUUGACGACCGAUGGAAGGAUGAUACUGUGGGCCUUUGUGGAACCUUCAAUGGGAACAUGCAGGAUGACUUUUUAUCUCCAGUAGGAGUACCUGAAAGCACCCCGCAGCUGUUUGGAAACUCCUGGAAAACUUCAUCCGCGUGUGCCCCUGCGUAUGACCAUUCACCAAUGGACCCAUGUGAUAUCCACCUACAGGCAGCCUCUUAUGCAUCAGAAGCUUGCAGCAUCGUUACAAAAGAACUCUUUGUCCCUUGCCACACCUAUCUGAGUCCUGUUUCCUAUUUUGAGCAUUGCAGAAGGGACACCUGCAAAUGUGGCCAGAUUUGCUUGUGCUCUGCUUUAGCCAAUUAUGCUCAUCAAUGCCGAAGACAUGGAGUGAUAAUAGAUUUUAGGUCUAGCAUCCCAGACUGUGCUCUUUCAUGUGAAGACACAAAGGAGUACAGUACCUGUGUAUCUACCUGUGGCCAAACUUGCCAAACAUUUUCUAUGCCAGAGACAUGCAGCGGUGAUUGUGUUGAAGGUUGUGCUUGUCCUCUUGGAAUGUAUUUGAACAGCAAGACUGAAAGAUGUGUACAGAGGAAUGAGUGCCCUUGUUAUUUUCAAGGAAUUGAAUAUCCACCCGGAGAAAAUAUUAUCACCUCUUUGGGCAAAUGCCAUUGCAAAGAUGGAAUGAUGAGUUGUGAGAACAACAUUGUACACAACUGCCCAGCGGGCCAGAUUUAUGUUAACUGUAGUAAUCCACAAGCUAACAUGGAGCUUAGCAGAGAGAGAACCUGUGAGAAUCAGCUGCUAAAUCUCACCUUCUCAGCACAUCUUCCUUGUCUUUCAGGAUGUGUUUGUCCACAAGGCCUUGUUAAACAUGGUGAUGCAUGCUUUGAGCCAGAUGAAUGCCCAUGUUCAUGGAAAGGAAAGGAGUACUUCCCAGGUGACAAAGUCAUUUCUGCCUGUCAUACCUGUAUCUGCCAGCAUGGGUCAUUUCAAUGCACCUUCCAUCCCUGCCCAUCAAUGUGUACUGUGUACGGGGAUCGGCAUUACAGGACAUUUGAUGGACUCACAUUUGACUUCAUUGGAGCUUGUAAGGUUCAUCUAGUUAAGAGCACUUCAAUUACUAGUUUUUCAGUCAUUACAGAAAACGUUAACUGCUUUAAUACUGGAAUAAUUUGCAGAAAGUAUAUUUCCAUUAAUGUUGGAAAAUCUUUUAUAACAUUUGAUGAUGACACUGGAAAUCCAAGUCCAUCUAGUUAUAUAGACAAACAACAAAAAAUACACUUAUGGAAAGCUGGAUUUUUCACACUUGUUCAUUUUCCUAAUGAACACAUCACCAUUCUGUGGGAUCAGAGAACAACUAUUCAUAUACAGACUGGACCUCAGUGGCAGGGUGAACUGACUGGAUUAUGUGGAAAUUUUGACUUGAAAACAAUAAAUGAAAUGAGGACUCCAGAAAAUUUUGAGUUAACAAACUCUCAAGAGUUUGGAAGUAGCUGGUCAGCUGUAGAGUGUGUUGACAGCUCUGACAUUCGAAAUCCAUGCAGUUUGAACCCACUUAGAGAGCCAUUUGCCAAGAAAGAAUGUGGGAUACUGUUAAGUGAAAUGUUUGAAGCUUGCCAUCCAGUGGUUGACGUCACCUGGUUUUAUUCAAACUGCUUGACAGACACAUGUGGUUGUAACCAAGGAGGUGAUUGUGAAUGUUUCUGUACAAGUGUAUCGGCGUAUGCACAUCAGUGCUGUCAGCAUGGAGUCAUAGUAGACUGGAGGUCCCCCAGAGUGUGUCCUUAUGACUGUGAAUAUUUCAAUAAAGUUCUGGGAAAGGGUCCUUACAAACUGGUCAGCUACUGGGAUGGAGAAGUUGCAAUGGCAGCCAAAUUGUUGGGUGGCUAUGUUUUCCCAGUGAGAGCAGAAGAUUUUGUUCCAGGAGAUGCCGUGAGCUUUAUGCUGACUUCAGGAUGGUAUAAGCCCAAAGCACAUGAUCCCAACUUGGUUUCAUUUGAAGCAGCUGACCGACCAAAUUAUUUUCUUCAUUUGGCUUCCAAUGAUACCCUGCUUCUUUCCAAAUGGGAAGAAAGUGAAGAGUUCCAUAACAGAUCAACCUUUGCCAUCCACAAGAACACAUGGCUCCCAGGAUACAGUUCCUUUGAGUCAUUUGCAAAGCCAGGAUUCUUCAUCCACAUUUCAGCUUCUUCAGUUGAUCUUUUGAAAUACAAGCAUUCAGAGAAAUUCAGACUGUCGACUCUUUUUAAACUUGUAGAUGCCAAAUUUAAGUUUCCAGCCCAUUCUACAUGUGAGUGGCGUUAUGAUGCCUGUACAAGCCCUUGUUUCAAAACAUGCAGAGACCCUUUGGGACAAAACUGUCAGGAUGUACCAAAAGUGGAAGGAUGUGUCCCCAUGUGUCCUCUCCAUAUGGUGUUGGAUGAAGUCACUCAAAGAUGCGUGUAUUUUGAAGAUUGCACUGAGCCUUCAGUUGAUGUUCGACCUUCACCAUCCACUAUGAGAACACCAACUCUUUCACAUGUAACUUCCAGUUCUUUCAAUGUCUCGGUUGCAGCAGUUCUGAGUAAAGUAGUAACUUCAUCCCCUAUACCUGAAACAAAAGACACAAAAACAACACUUUUAACCACAACUAUAUCACCAAAUGUUUCGGCGUAUUCAACUGGAGCUACAUCAUCUGGCAAAAGCACCAUUGCAAUGUCUGAAUCACCAAAAUCUAAUAUAAGUUUCCCUUCAGUACUUGAUGUUUUUCCAUCGACAACUCCUGCCACUACAGAAAUCUCUACAGGUAUACAAGCAACGAGUAGUACCACUCCUAAGGUUUUGAGUGCUACAGAGCCUGAGACUGUAACUACAACACAUGCAAUGACUAAAAUCACUGAAACAGAAGGCAAACCAACUUCUUCUUUUAUUUUAACUGGGACAUCGUCAAUAAUAAGAGUAACAGAAUCACCAGUCACAACUACUGCAAUAUCGGAAACAUCAGAAAUAGGCACUAGGAUACGUCCCACAGUGGAAACAAAACUAAAACCAGAAAAAACUAUAGCCCCUUACUUUGUAUCAGCCACAGAACAAACAACUACAUAUUUCACCAAAUACACUAUGUCACCAUCUUUGGAAACCUCUUCUUAUGCACCAACAGCAAAUCAAACAAGAACUUCAGAAGGAACAAAACCAAGUACUGAACAAACUUCUUCCACAAUAGCUAAUGUCACUGAAACUUCAUUUUCUCCUCUGAUUACUACAUUAUUUACACUGAAGCCACCAAUGACUUCAGAAACAACAAAAGGAACAGUUGCUUUAACCAAAGAAGAAAUAAAGACCACAUUUUCCCCACUAUCUACACACCCUGUUCCAUUAUUACAUGUAACACUGUCAGUUACUGAAACUCCUACAUAUAUGGUUCAAAACUUGACAGGUAGUGCAGGGGUAUUCCUUGCCACAACUCAUGGUACAAAGACAGCAACUCUGCAAACUAAAGAGAUGUCGCCCUUGUUGUCGUCAUCAUCAUCCUCAGGAAUAACUGGCUUCCUAUUUACAACUGGUGAAAAAGAAAUAAUACAAGCAAAGACAAGUGUGGAGCAGCCAUCAAGUUCAUAUUUUUCUCCAUAUUCACUGUAUUCUAGUUCAGCUACAACUGCAAAACCCAGCACUCUUCCUACAAAAAGGCCUUCACUGUCCGAUAUAAGUGCUGCUUCUCCAGCUUUAGCAGAAUCAAAAGAAACUUUUCAAACAGCAUCAACUACUGAAUAUCCACCAUUCAUAGUUCUAAAUAUGACAGAAACCCUGACUACUUUAUACACUAAAUAUCCUGUUUCAUCUCAUACUGCCAGAGCUAUUCCUUUGUCCACAAAACCAACUACAUUCUCACAAAGAACAUCUACUGAAUACAAAUCACCUCUAUUUCUUAAUACAACAAAGAUGAGCAUUGAACCCUACACUAUUAGAAUGACAUCAGCAACAAAAACAUCUGCUUUAGCAAAAGAAAUCAUGGAUUUGGUCCCUACAAUUCCAUUGGUAACUAAACAAUUGGAAACAAUGCAAACAACAUUCAUCACUGAAUCUCCAUAUACUCUUAGUGAGACUGAAACAACAAGGAUCAUUGUCCGUCCUGAUGAAGCACAAACAGAAAAAAUUACUAGGGUACAUACCAGAAAGCCAACUACAUUUGCUUCAUCACCAGCAAGCUCCCUACCACCUUUCACUACUCUGCUUCCACUAUCCACAUUUAGAAAAGAGAUAUCAACGACAGCCACUAGUUCUAUGCGCACAUCAUCUGAAGCUACUGUUACAAUGACCAUUACUUUAUACCCAAGAACAUCAGUAGUAAAAUCUACUUUUUCAACAGAAGGAAAGACUCCCCAUUUGACUGCCUCAACCAUAUCCACUAUAGAAGAGCAACCAAGUUCAUUAACAUCACCAUCACCUGCGGAACUGCCAGCAAAAGUCACUUUGAAUAUUACUGAUGCCACAUUAUCCCCAUACUCUGAAUUCAGCAGCAGACUAAUAACUAGUAAAAAAGUGACAGCAGUCAAAGAAAGGUCAACUUUGCGCACUUCUGUUACAUCUCCAUUAACAAAGUCACCUCACAUAUUCCCUACCGCUCAGUAUCUGGCAGAGACAUCGGUUUCCCUAUACACUUUAACACAAAAAAUACCUAAGGAACCAGCCACUACAAAGCACCCAGUACAGACUGAAACAGUUUCCACAGUCUCAAAGCCUACAGUUAAAACCGUCACAGAAACAGUAAAACAAACAGCAUCUACAACUCAAAUAUCAUUAAUCAAAGAUUACUCCUCCUUUGCUACAACUUCCUCUGUUCAAACUUCAUCAGCAGCGAUGGUUUCUCCACAGAUCAGAGAGGAGUCUGCUAUACCACGUUUCACUACCAAAUUGACAAUAGAACAUGUUCCUUCAACUCCCAAACCUUAUUUGGAAAGCAAAAAAAGUACCACAAUUUACCAGCCUCCAACAGAAAUAUUGACCACCGCUAUUCAUCCAGAAGCUCUCUUUAGUACAACAGAAUCUAUAGGAGAAUUCACCACCUUGCACCCAUUCCUAACUACCUCCCGACCUGCAGUGGCUAUUUCAACGUUAUCUCCUACCUCAGUAGUUCCAGCUAAAGUUCUUUUGACUACUGAAAAAGAGUCAUCCUUAACUGAUACUGUCUUACAGACUUACAUACAGGGAACUGCCUCAGCUUUGCAGACAAAACUUCCAACUUCAACCAGAAAAAAAAUGGAUUUGACUGUCAGCACAAGACCCCUCUCUUUUUCAUCAAAAGUAAUUACAACUUCAUCACCAUUAGCUACAAUGAAAAAAGAAUUUCCAUCAUUUCCUACCCAAAAGUCAGAUUCCAGUUUCGAAUCCACAAAGCAGACAGCAGUUACUGAACCAAUAGUUUCUAGUCAGACACCUACAGUCUCUAUAGCCAUAUUUCCUUUAUCGAAGUUAACAUCUCCAUCACUUAUUCUAUCAGAAACUCCCAUCACAACGGAGGAGGAGUCAUUAGCAGGUGCCCUUUUAACACCAGUGAUCUCAGCAGCAUCCACAUCAAUGGGCAAAAGUGCUACAGAGAAGACUGUGGUGUUGUCUAAGCAAGUGCCACUUUCAACUACUUCCUACGGUUCCACAUUCCAAGCAGGAACAGUGUUACCAGCUACCACACGUUCUUCGACUACAGCCACUGUUUUAGCACCUUCAUCAGGAAGUAGUGUAACAGCGCAAAACAUCACUACAGCAUCAGCUACUUCAGGGACAACAGCAGCAAUAAGAGAAGCCCUCACCACCUCAUUGUUUUCAGGGAAACCCAUAUAUUUUUCUGUUGCUUCAGAAACAGAAAAAGCCAUCACCUCUGAAACAGCAGAGCCUGCAGGGCCAGUACCGGUUACAAAACCACAGUCUCUUCAUACGCCAGGCGUCACAGAUUUGAUCACCCCCACGUUAAAAACAACACAGACAUUUCAUUCUCCAUAUUUCACAAAUAUAACUGCUGUGCCUCCUAAACUAGGUGUAUCAGUUUUGUCCACCAUAUAUUCAUCCUCUGAGCAAAAAACUGCCUCUUCUAGUGCCGCAUCAUCAGGCACCACUAGUCAAACUCCAAAACUUGGAACACUGUCUGUAACUGAGGUCCACACACCCUCAAAGAGUUCGUUGUUAAUGAUGCCAACCCACUCAAAUGCUACAAUGGCUGCAUCAGUUCCUUCAUUUGCCUAUUUAUCUACCAAACCACUUUAUGAGUCUGCUACAGAGUAUUCUGGUGGACUAACAACAGCUGAAGCUAUCUCAGGAGUCACAGCAUCAGUUUUCAUGCCAGCUAGAGAAACAGCAACGCUCCAAACUUGUGUACCAAUUACAGAGAAUGAGUGCAUAAAACACAUUUGCUUGGAUGGACAACUAAUCCAAGUUAACAAGUCACAGAACUGCCCUUACAAUGCAACUCAGCCCAGCUGUGGAGUUCUAGGGCUCGCUGUUCAGAUCAAUGGUGACAAAUGCUGCCCAAAAUGGGAAUGUGCAUGUCGUUGUACAUUUUUCUCUGAUCUGAGCUUUGUAACCUUUGAUGGGAAUCAUUUGGCUUUAUUUAAAGAGGCAGCCUACAUUGUUAGCCAAACUCAAGAUGAAACGAUAACCAUCCAUAUCUUUGACUGCAGAAAUACCAACAUGGGUCACUUAAACUUGACUUCACUGUGCCUGGCAAUGCUGAAUUUAACCUAUUUGUCAAACCAAAUAAUCGUUGAUCGUUUAAACAGAAAAAUAACUGUAAAUUCAAGAUAUGCCUGGCCUACAGUUAGAAAAUAUGGAUUUAAAAUUGAGGACACUGGCUUCAUGUACGUAAUUGAGACACCAACAAAUAUCAGGAUUCAGUGGUUUCACAGCACUGGUAUGGUGAUCAUAGAGUCAAAUACAACCAGUGAACCAAAAGUCUUGGGACUAUGUGGUUUCUGUGAUGGAAGCUCAGCAAAUGACCUGAUGCUACCCAACAGAACAGUUUUAAGCAAAACUGAUGCUCCAUCAAAUUUUAUAGACAGCUGGCAGGUGCCAAGCACAUUAAAGUAUGUUGGAGAAGACAGGCACCAGGAAACUAAUUGUUCAGUCAUGGACUGUUCCAGGUGUUUCAGCUUGGUGUUGAACCAGACCUUCAGUAGCUGUCAUCCUUAUGUUCCACCUGAAUUAUUCUGUGACCUGUGGGUUCAAGAUGUGGAAUACAUUCAGAAUCCUUGUGUAGCACUGGCUGCCUAUGUGGCCAUGUGUAACAAAUUUAAUAUCUGCAUAAAGUGGAGAAGUUCAGAUUACUGCUCCUUUCCCUGCUCAGAAGACACCUCCUACCAGGCCUGUAUAGCUGCCUGUGACAUUCCAAGCACUUGUCAGAAUGGUGAGCCCACUCCUCAGGAUUCAGAGUCCUGCUCAGUGCUGACAGAGGGCUGUGUCUGUUCUGAGGGGACCAUUCUUCACCGUGUUCACUCCGCUCUCUGCAUUCCAGAAGAGAAGUGUGCCUGCACAGACAGUUUGGGAGCACCCCACGCAGUAGGGGAGAUUUGGAAAACCUCCCUUAGCGGAUGCUGCAUGCACAAAUGUGUUGAAAAUGAGACCAUUAUUCCUGUGGAAUACAACUGCUCAGAUAUUCAUGAUUUAGACUGUCAGCGCUUUGGGGAAGUGGCCCUGAUUGUUCCUGAUGAUCAGACCUGUUGUCCUCAAAAGAUCUGUAUUUGUAAUCAGAGCUUUUGUGAAUCCUUUAUCCCUGAAUGUAAGGGCCUGGAAAAGCUAGUCACUUACUAUCGUGAAGAUUCCUGUUGUCCCAAUUACACUUGUGAAUGUGACCCAUUCAAGUGUGAACCAGUGGAGCAGAGUCAGAACUGCCGAGAAGACCAAACUCUGAUUGCUGCUCGUGUGGAGGGGACCUGCUGCAUAUCUUAUAUAUGUGCAUGUGAGGUUUGCUCUGAUCAGAUACCAAAAUGUCAGGAAGGAGAAGUGCUUACCGUGGAUGGCAACACUACGGAUAGAUGUUGCCCUGCAUACCAGUGUGUUUGUGAAACUUAUCGUUGCCGUGAAUUCCACUGUGCACUAGGGAUGUCUUUGGUGGAAGUUUGGAGCCCAGAAAAGUGUUGUCCGUAUCGUACAUGUGAGUGUGAAUGUGAUACAGUCGCUAAACCUCAGUGCAAACUGGGGGAGAAACUGCAGAUAGAUGAACAGUUUCAGAACAGCACAGAAAAUGUUUGUGGCUGUACUAAGUACAAGUGCGUGAGAGACAAGGUGUGUCUGAGUAACGAGAGAGGAGUACUGCGUCCUGGACAGACAAUUAUGGAACACACACCUGAUGGCAUUUGCCAUACUUCUUAUUGCACAAACAUGAUUGAUCCCUCCACCAAAUACUAUCGGAUAAAUAUCUCCUGGACAAACUGUGUCAUCAAGUGUGAAGCUAAUCAAGUAUAUGAGCCUCCAAAAGAUUUAACAACCUGCUGUGGUCACUGUAAGAACGUAUCUUGUCUCCACACUUUCAGCAAUGGGACAGUCUCCAAUUUUAAGCCCGGUACUGCUUGGAUUUCAAACUGUGUGAAGUAUGACUGCACAACCACAGCAGUAGGACCAGUUUUAAUUACAUCUUCCGUCAGCUGCCCACCCUUUAAUGAAACUGAAUGUGUGAAGAUUGGAGGUUAUGUUGUGCCCUUUCUAGAGGGAUGCUGCAAAACAUGUAAGGAAGAUGGGAAAUUUUGUAAAAAGGUGACUGUUAGGAUGACUAUUCGCAAGAAUGACUGCAGAAGUAACACACCAGUAAACAUUGUUUCAUGUGAUGGAAAAUGCCCUUCUGCUAGCAUUUAUAACUACAACAUCAACGCAUAUGCAAGAUUCUGCAAAUGCUGCAGGGAACUUGGGUUACAAAGACGAACUGUGCAAUUGUACUGCAGUGGCAACUCGACAUGGGUCAACUAUUCAAUCCAAGAACCUACAGACUGUUCUUGCCAAUGGUCUUGAAACAACAUUUCAUAAAAAAGCAGCCAGUGAGUCCGACUAUGGAAGAUAUACAAUUAUUCUCAGUAUGAUAAAGAUAUUUUUUAUAUCUUGUUCUUAGAAAAUACAGUUAUCCAUCCACUGAAUCGUAUCAUUGUUCAAUAUUAAAAAAACACAGCUAUUUUGGACUCUUCUAAAUUUUGAAAGAAAGGAUUUGCAUCACCCAUUUAAAAUUAUCUUAAUGUUCACUUCCUAGGAAUCAUCUCAAGAGUUCUUGUGAUAUGUGCCAACAUAAAAAGGAAAGGGAUUUCCUUUGAAAGAGACAAUCAGAGGAAUAAUGCUUUAUAUAUUAUUUCUAGAGGUUCGAUCCAUUCUUUGAAAGCCACCCAAUGGUGUUUUAAAUCCCUGAUACAUACAAUGAUCUGGCAGUGGUCUAAGAUCUUGAAUGUGUUACAAUAGUGAAAACACACUUGAUGCGUAUGAAAGAAAAUUAUGUGGAAAAUAUUAGAAGAAUAUCCAGUUAAAAUCAAAUUGAUAUUGCAAAAUAAGGGACUCAUGAGGAAUUAAAUUAUAGACAUUUUUACCAGAGAAACAUUUUCAAUACUGAUAAUUGUAUAUAAUAUUCCCUGGUAAUAAGUUUGAUUUUUCUAAUGUAUUUUACAUCGUAGUGUAAAACCAUUAUGUCAAAUGUGUAAUGUAUAGGAAAUAUAGAUUUUUUGUUUGUUUUAGGUUAUCCAGAUUAGAUAUUGGUAAUAGAUUUAUCCAACAUAUAAACUGUAUGAUGUAAACUGAAAACAUACAAGUUUAUCAAAUGAAAAACACAUUUCCCAUUACAAUUAUAUAGAUGCACUUUAUCUAAACAAACCCUUGCCUUCUAAAGUGCACCACAUGUUAAAUGUGACUUGUACUGUUUGUUUAGGAGAAUGAACUUUACAUCGAACCUUAACUUUUUAAAGAACAUGUUAAAUUAUUUUCAUAAAGACAAAAGAAAAUCAAAAUUCUAUUUGGUCUCAUGUAUAUUUUAAUAAAGAGAAAUAGUUAAAUCAAUAAAAAUUGUAACCUCCUAUGUCCAAUGAAUUUUUUAUGUUGCAAAAUGUUCAAAUUGUAAAGUACAGUGUUCACAAACAAAAUUACUUUUUAAACUUGCAACAACUGACCUUAUAAUGAAACCAAUAUUUUGUUAACUAACCCUCACCACAACCAUGCCAUCUGAAUGCAGCAAAAUUCCAAUUGCUUUAAUUUUAAGAAGUAGAGUUACAUGAGCAUCUAAGAUGUUAAACUUUAGGAACCUAAAAAAUAGACGUGUAUUGUUGCAUAAUAAAUUGUAAAAAGCUGGGGGGGUUUUCAGUUAAUCCAAAGAAGAAUGUUUUGUUAAAAUCAAUCAUAUGAACAUUUUUGCUAUUAACAUUUUUUAUAUACUGUACAUGUAAUUCCUAUAACCUCUAAUA